AUGUCCUUCAGGAAAAGAAAUGCUGUGAUUAGCAGCUCAAUUUCAUCUCAGUCAACCCCAUCAAAGACUGAAAAUAUACCUAUUCCCGGAGUUCGACCGUCUCUUGUUGAUGGUCGACCGACUACCUCUACUGGAACCGCAUCUCUAGACAGUUUACUUGCUGGACAUGCUGGAUUACCCCUAGGCACAUCACUUCUUAUCGGGGAGCAUGGUACUACCGAUUUUGCUGGCAUACUUCUCCGUUACUAUGCCGCCGAGGGUAUGCUUCAGGGUCAUCAAAUCCACGUCCUCGGCUUACAUGAAAGUUGGCGCCAUGAGCUCCCGGGGCUUUUGACCGAGGACAAGAAGUCAUCAAGCAAGUCAGAGACUCCGUCAGAUGACAAGAUGAAGAUAGCUUGGAGAUAUGAAAGCUUAUCGUCUGGGGGAGCCCCGAGGGAUAGAAAUGCAGCUCAGAAGCGAAGUAAUUCUGCGACUGAAUCUACUUCUAUCUUCUGCCAUUCUUUUGAUCUUACCAAAAGACUGAGUCCCACCAACGUCAAGGGUCAAAUCGGCUUUCAUCCCGCGAUGAGCAUACCGGGUCUACCUUCCCGCACAAGAGAGUCAACGUCGCCUUUCAAGAUGUUCAUCAAGAACGUAGCUCAUAAACUAGAAAAUUCGCCGCCGUCUUGGAUCCAUCGCGUCAUAGUACCAAGUCUCUUAUCCCCGACGGGGUACGCUGGCUCGUCUGCUCGACCCGAAGAAGUCUUGCAGUUUUUACACGCGCUUAGAGCGUUAUUAAGACAGUACUCAGGAAAACUGACAGCUAUUAUAACUUUGCCGCUAUCACUUUACCCUAGGACUACAGGACUUACACGUUGGAUGGAGUUAUUAUCCGAUGGUGUCUUUGAACUCAUCCCGCUCCAGUCCAGCGCUGUUCACGCUCCUCCCCCAUCUUCGAAGUCAGAUUCUAAAUCUGAAGAACAGACUCAGGGACUUCUUAAAGUCCAUAGUCUACCGAUUUUCCACGAAAAAGGCGGGGGCUCUUCUGAGGGCCAUGCUGCCCAUGGUGAUCUAUCGUUUAGCUUGAGUCGAUCUAAAGGUUUUGUGAUAAAACCGUUCUAUUUGCCUCCUGUUGGAGAGGACGAAGAGGAAAAGAAGAAAGGAGAUUCUAGCAAAGGAAGCAUAGAUUUCUAA